UCGUAAUUCUUCCGCUGUAUCAUCCUAAGUGACCACCUUAAUGUCUUAAUUGGUCGUCCAAGCGUACCUUUAAUGCUCUUUGGUUGCGUUUCAAACACCCUCAUUCAAAGCAAUGAACAAUGGAUUUAGUUAAGGUGCUGGUAUGGAUACUUCUUGGAGUCAAUUUGCUACUGUCGAGAGCAACUUUCGAGAAGUACUUCCAUGGUUCCGGGUACAUUUUCUUUGGGAGAAAUGGUACCCGAUACAAUUGGGUUGGAAGCAAAAGAAUCUGUAAUGAACAGUCUGGAUAUAACCUUGUUUCAAUCGAGAGUCGUGAGGAAUGGAACUUCCUGAGGCAAACCAUUCAAAGAGAGAAUACCACUGAAUACUUCAUAGGUUUGUGGGAAGAUACAUCAACUGGAGUGUGGAGAUGGUUAAGUGAUAACAGCUCAGUGAAUGCGUCCAGCAGAGGACAUUGGCCCUGGGCAAGAGGAGAACCUAACAACAGAGGUGGUGAUUAUGAAGAGAACUGCGCGCAAAUGUACAGAGACUAUCUUAAUAACUACGGGCUCUAUAACGAUGUCAGCUGUACUUCACCCAAAUCUUAUGCAGGAUUCAUAUGUGAAUUGACAGGCUUGCCGGGCCAGCCAUCCUCACUCUCUACAAAUUCUGUUUCACCAAACGAAAUUGUCAUCUCUUGGAGCGCUCCUACUGAUGUAGGGGAUGGAAUAACAAGGUACUGUGUUAAGUGGCAGGCAGCUGGAAUAUCCCACAUUCAACAAAGAGUAGUUACAGUGAGCAGAUCUGCGACAUUGGACAAGCUAACGCCUUACACAUGGUUUGACAUCCAAGUGAGAGCAGAAACUGAUAAGGGAAGUGGCCCUUGGUCAGUAUCACUAAAAGUGAGAACUAACGAGUCAAUUCCAGUAGUGGUAAAGGUCGAUGACCUCGAGAAAGGCAUCCUUUAUCUGCCAAUCGCUAUUUCAGCAGCAUUGUUGUUUAUAGCGAUGAUCAUCCUCACCGUGGUUUUCAUACUGCUACGAAAAAACCAUCAAGAAAUGGCCUCAAGAAAAAAAGCUGUCAAAAUGAACCAACGUGACUUUCAAGAGAGUUUGCCAUUAAAUGUUUUGAAUGUUGGUGCCCGGCUAGAGUUUGCUUCGGGAAAUGGAACCGGGAUUGAGAGGUUCCAUAGGGAACCGCUAGUCCAACAGGAGGGCGUAUACACCGAACUGCUUCCGGAGUCAAUGAUGACCUCUGAAAACGAUGGUUCCCGAACGUACACUUCCCUUGUGAAAUCAACAGAAGACAGCGACAUUGAAUAUAUGAAUCAAUUACUUGCUUCUGAGUAUGUUAAUGUUUAAGUGGAUUGUUCGUAUUUAAGAUGAAUAGCG